GACGCCAGGCGGCUCUCGCUGAUUGGUCCAGGGGAGCGGCGCCUGGCGGCGAGCGCGGCGCAUGCGCAGACCCUCAUGUGGAGGGCGGCGGCGCGCGCGGCGGGGCGGUGUUGUCGGGAGCGCGCACGGUAACAGCGUUACCGACACUGUUACACGGGCCGCGGUCCCGGAGCCCCCGGCGGUCCCGGAGCCCCCGGCGGUCCCAGAGCCCCCGGCGGUCCCAGCACCCGGACCCUAACACCUGGGAAUUGCCUUUUUCCACCUGAAGCUCGACCAUGACAGACCAAGAGUUUGUUCUCUGCAAGUGGAAGAGGCGUUUGUGGCCAGCCAAGGUUUUGUGCCAACCUGAAGUUGCUGGGAGCAGUCCCGUUGCCACCACGAAAAGGAUGGGAUUUAAAGCUGAAAUCCUUGGCUUGGAGAGGCAGGUCAGUGUGAGCUCUGCAAACGCUGUUCCCCUCACGGAGGAGAGGAUCAAGGCCAUCGCCUCCACCCUGGAGCAAAAGAAAAGCGUGAGCGAGGCCGUGGAGGAGCUGAGAUAUCGCUGUUCCCUUAAAAUCGCCUUGGAUAUUCUGCACCAGACUGAGUCAGGCGGUCAAACUCCACCUGCAGAGGGAGCAAAUCCCGAAUUUCCCCGGCAGGAAUCCGCCCCCUCCCGCGGCUUCUUCUUGCGCUCUCGCUUUAAAAAAACAGAACCUGAGGCUGCCAAGAGGAAAGGAAAACCCCAAAAGAACUGUGGGGUGAAGGAUGACCCCAAAACCGUGAGCAGGGCGGGUUCUGCGGCUCCUGAGGGGAGUGGAAAAGCACCUGGAGGUGGCACGAACCUUUCCAGAGCACCUGGAGGUGGCACGAACCCUUCCAGAGCACCUGGAGGUGGCACGAACCCUUCCAGAGCACCUGGAGGUGGCACGAACCCUUCCAGAGCACCUGGAGGUGGCACGAACCCUUCCAGAGCACCUGGGGGUGGCACAAACCUUUCCAGAGCACCUGGAAGUGGCACAAACCUUUCCAGAGCACCUGGAAGUGGCACAAACCCUGCCAGGUGCGGUGCCAGGGACUCGUGUGUGGCACCAGCCCCUGACAGCCAAAACUGCCAAAAACCAGACCCAAAAUCGUUACCCAGACAAGAAAAAAUCCAGAGUGGAGUCUCCUGUAAGCCAAAGGCUGGGAGAAGUCAGCAAGGAAGGAAAAGAUUGAGGGAUGAUUCCCCUGAGGAUCAAGCACAGGAGGCUCCUGAGGAGGGGUCUCCACCUAAAUCUGGCACUGUGGAAGCUUCCAGAAAGACAGGAGCUCAGCCUGGGAGAACAUUCCUGGAUUCUUCCUGUGAAACUGCCUCGGAUGAGCUGGAGAGAAGCAUCAGCAGUGAGAGCGAGAGCCUGGCAAAGCAGCUGGAUGGGAGGAGAGAGGCCCAGGGUGGAAAACACCUGGAUGGGGCAGGAGCGGCCUCUGGCACAGACAGGAAAUGCAGGAACCACCCUGGAUCCUCCCCUGGCCCUUCUGGUGCCUUCCCUCAGCCUCAGGAGGAGGAAAACCAAGACCCCUCACAGCAGGCUGGGAGCAAAGCCCCUGAUUCUGAGGAAGAUGAAGGGCUGGAGCCCUCUGGGACAUCUUCCAGGAGAGUUUCCUCGGAGAGCCUUCCUCCUCUGUCCCCUCUGGCCGAUGAAGAGGAGGAAAACUUCCCCAGUGUCCUGUCCCAUCGAGAACCCAAAUCCUUCGAGGAGGGGAUGCUGGUGUGGUGCAAGCUGCGGCGGUAUCCGUACUGGCCCGCGGUGGUGAAAGCAGUGAAGAGGAAGCACCGGAGGGCCUGUGUGCUUUUCAUAGAUGGCACCACAAAUGAGAAGAAAAAAGGUUUCUCAGUGUCUCUGAAGAGCCUGAAGCUUGAUUGUGAGGAGAAGCAGGAGCUCAUUGAACGAGCUAAGGAGAACUAUUCCAAGGAAAUCGAGUGGUGCCUGCAGCUGAUCCUGGACUAUCGGAUCCGAGUGGGUUGCCAUUCCUUCACCGGCUCCUUCCUGGAGUAUUUUGCUGCUGAUAUCAGCUACCCAGUGAGGAAAGAGGGCUACCAGAGUGUGGUGCAGAUGGCAUUCCCAAACACGGAGGAGGCAGGGGCUGGAGAAUCCUCCUCAGACACCUCCCCACAGAAACCCCCCAGGAAGCUCCUCCCUGACAGGACCAGAGCUGCCAGGGACAGGGAGAACAAGAAGCUGGUGGAGUUCAUCGUGAAGACCAAAGGGGCUGAGGAACAUCUCCUGGGCAUCUUGAAAAGCGGGAAGGAAUCGCGCUGGCUGAAGAAAUUCCUGAGUUCCAGCCGCUACAUGACCUGUGUGGAGACUUACCUGGAGGACGAGGAGCAGCUGGACCUGGUGGUGGGGUACCUGAAGGAGGUGUACAGGGAGAUGGACACCAAGAACCUGCACCAGAUCCUGGGGGACGGCAUCAGGUUCAUCUCAGACGUGCUUCUACCUGAGGCCAUCAUCUGUGCCAUUGCUGCUGUGGAUGACAUCGAUUAUGAGAAGGCAGAAGAGAAGUACAUUAAAGGACCACCUGUGAGCAAAAGAGAGAGAGAAUUAUUUGAUGAGCAAGUGCUGGGAAACAAAAAGCUCAAGACGGAGCCGGAGCCUGCGGAGAGCUGAGGAGUGCCCAGGGCUGCCCUGGGGCCAGCUGUAAAUAACCACUGGUGAUUUGUAUAAAACGUGGCAUUCUUUGUAAAGUCUGUGCGUGUAUUCCCAGAUAUUUCUGCUCUCAGCCUUUGCUGCUUCCCGUGGCCUCGGUCAGGAUCUGCCUGAUCCUCACCCAUCAGUGCCCUCCUGGGGGGCUGCCAGAGCCCCCCAGUGCUGUGCAGAGCUGCUGCUGCUUCCACGUGGGUUCUUUUAGCCAAACACCCAGCCUGGAAAGGGAUCUUGUCCUGCUUUGUGGCCUCGUUGCUCCUGAUAAAACCGGGGGGUUCCAGGCAGGAAAUGUUCCCAGGGGUUUCCCCUCCUGCCUCGUGGAUCUCCAAGGGUGGAAAAUCAGAUUGUGUGACCUGAAACACAAAGAUCUGGGGGUUUUGGUUUGUUGUGACAAAUAAAAUUCCACAGAGAAGCAAGCCAGGUUUGCUUAAACAAAAACAUUCCCUUUUCCUCUAACACUGAACCAGUGCAAUGCUGGUUUAUUGCCUCUUCUGAGGCCAUGAAUCUUGGGAGGAUUUAAUUGUCUUUUUCUCAUCUAAAUUCCCAAUUUAAUCCUGCCCACCUUUGCUGGAGCUGUGGCACAUGGAAGCAGUGUCACCAAGAACUAAUUAAUGAUGAAUAAUGAUAAAUGAUACAUAAACCCCCCUGAUUAGGGUUUCUCUGUGAUAAUGAAAAGUGAUCUCCUUGCUUGUCCAGUAAAACCCAAGAUGAUUUGAAAUGAAGAAGUCGAAAUUGGGAUCCAGAUGUCUAUCCUGGCUGUAGUAAUUAUCUGAAUACAUUUUAAUUACACUUUUAAUUGCUCUGUGCUCUCUAAUGAGUUUUCCCACGGAAUCCCCAUUCCCGUUAUCUCAAGUACCUCAAUUAUAGGGACAGGCCAGGAAGUGAAGGUUUUAUUAAAACCUGGGAGGAGGGAUAAUGAAUUUUGUGGGAUAAGAUAAAAAAUUAACGAUGGAGUUCACUCAGAGCUGUGAGUGGCACUUUGAUGAGGGCUUGGGGAGAGACUCCUGCCCUCAUCCCAGUGCUCUGGGGUAGUUUGGAGAUGGGGAUCAACUUUUCCCUCCUUUACAUCAACCCUGUGUUCCCUUCUCCACCAAAACUCCUCAAGUGCUGCUGAGAUGCUGCCCCACACCGUGCACAGAGGCAGAACCACCUCAGCUUUGGGAUCCUGGGAUGGUUUUGGGGGUGGAAGGGACCCUAAAACCCAUCAGGGACAGCUCCCACUGUCCCUGGGUGCUCCAGGCCCCUCCAGCCUGGCCUUGGACACCUCCAGGGACGAUCCUGACCUUGUCCCAGCCCCUUCCAGUGCUGCCCCGCCGGUCACGGCACCAGCUCAGCCUCACCAUGUACAAAUCAUGUGGAUUUAAUAAAGUGGGAUGGUGUGAAUCAUCAAAAGACGCUGCCUCUGUUGAAUUAUUUUAAUCUGUGGUGGGUGGUGUGCUUCCACCUCGGUUUUACGGCAGGUGAAGGUUGUUUUUGUACAUCAGAUAAAGCUGUAAUAUCCUGUCUCUGUCUCAGUUUCACAUUAUUAAUCACUGGGAAAUAAACUCACUUGGUUUUU